AUGGCUUCUCUCGAGCACAAAAUAAACAUGAAGCACGAUAAUGAAAAAGCUUUUACCCCAAACCCUCCUGUCGAGUCAGGAUUACGACCAGAGCCCUAUUACGAGAAGAGAUUGUCGCCUAUAGGGGCAAGAAUUCGCCGCGUGUUGUUAGCGGCCGUCGCAAAAGAGAAGGAUCUGUUAAUGUGGAUUCAGUCGAGGCGUCAUCCCUGGCUCGAUUUGUACUUUGUCUACUCGUCGAAUCUAGGAGCACACACAUUCUUUAUGGUGUGUUUGCCGCUUCUGUUUUGGUUUGGUUAUGCGCAAUUGGGUCGAGGACUUACCACGAUGUUGGCAGCCGGAGUAUUCUUUUCAGGAUUCCUAAAGGACAUCUUUUGUCUUCCCCGCCCACCGUCUCCUCCAAUUCGCCGAUUGACAAUGUCGAAUUCACAUCAAUUGGAAUAUGGCUUUCCGUCCACGCAUUCCGUAAAUGCGGUAUCGGUCACUGUCUACUUUAUUGCCUUUAUACUGCCCGUUGCUGACUUGGAAUACGAAACAAAAAUAAUCUCGAUUGCUGCAUUCUCGAUAUACUGCCUUAGCGUGGUUAUCGGAAGGGUCUAUUGCGGGAUGCAUAGUUUCACUGAUAUCACCGGUGGUAUUGUUAUGGGUGUGACAUUGUCGUGGCUCCAAUGGGCUUGGCAGCAAGAUCUCGAUGAUUUUGUCUUGGACGGUAGCUGGAUGGCUCCAAUGAUUAUGAGUUCAGUUAUUUUGUUUCUCAUUUACAUAUUUCCUGAACCAAUCGAUAAUUGCCCAUGCUUCGACGACGCAUUUGCCUUUGCUGGUGUUAUGAUGGGUUUAACAUCUGGGAGCUGGCGAUUUGCUAGAUCGAAGUUUAGCCACAUCGGGUAUGGUAGAGGAAACGUUCCAUAUGAGUAUGAGAUCGUCGGACCGGUUGUCACAAUCACCAGAAUUUUAAUUGGCAUUGCGAUAUUAUUUCUAUGGAGAUACGUAAUGAAGAAGUUAUGUUAUAUUACGUUACCACCUUUAUAUCGUGCUCUUAAUCUCCCAUGUUGUAAGAACAAUCUUUCGGCAAGUAAAUGCAAGACACACAUGGUCCCAUCUGUAUUUGAUCUUCCCCGAACAACCAAAGAGUUUGAUGUACAUUCAACGGCAGAUCCAUACGAAUAUUUAGAUGCCGAGAAGGAAAAGGAGCAGGGACUAAACCGUAGGCAGAAUAAGAGUGAAAGUAACGGUACAAUAGACGGGAAUAGCCAUGUAAAAUAUUUUGCAGAAAAAUUGGAAAAGGGUCUAUUCAAUAAUGUUACAACGAUUCGAUACGACGUUGAUGUUGUUACCAAGUUGAUAGUUUAUUCUGGUAUCGGAUACCUUGCUGUCGAUACAAUUCCAGUCUUGUUUGAAAGUACAGGACUAGGAGUGGGUAUUGCGACUGCACUAUAA